CCACCACCACACUCUCACAUAACACACAUACUCAACUCUAGCAUUCAAACUAACUCUCUGCUUCAUCCAAUAACUCUUCUAAACCGAUCAAACCCGACACAUCAACAACAAUGGCUCGCGGAAACGCUCCUCAGACUCAAGUCUUCUACAAGGGCAGCAACGGCGAUCAGUUCACCGUCUUCGUCGAGAGCGAGGAACAGCUUAAGAAGUGGAAGGCCGACAGCAGUAUCCCCAUGACCGAGGUUGUCGCUGGCUGGAAGAUUAUGGUCCCUGAGCACGGCAAGCAAGGUAUCCUCAACACCGCUGGCAAGGGACAGCUUGAGAACGAGUUCGGCACCAGCAACGAGGAUGAGGUCAUGAAGAAGAUCCUCACUGAGGGCAGUGUCCAAUCUUCCGAGAACUCGGAACGCAUCGGCAUCACCAACGAGAGUCAGGGCCCACGUCUCGCCCACUAGGCGUGUUCCAUCUGGCUUCUUUGAGAAGCAGUGACGAUGACUCGAAUUCUUUCCACUUCGAUAUGAUAUCAUGAUUUUGCAAGGACAGCUUGCUCCUGGCCUGGAAGAUUGGUCGGCUGGCUGGAAAGGGUACUUAGUUUGCAAGGUCUGUGCUGAAAAGCCAGACGGCUGCACCCUGUUAUUUACAAAGCAAGUAAUUUAUGGAUGAAUGAAAUAUAAUUAUCCGCAUGCCACUUGGCUGUUUGAGACCCAGAA